AUGGGCGUGAAAGGUCAUGCAGCAACACUCGGCUUCGCCGGUAUUCUGGCCGGCAGUCUCAUCGUAGCGUUAGAUGCGGUCGCGCUAUCGCCGUCCUUACCAACAAUCGAGGAAGACCUCAACACAACCACACUCGAGGCAUACUGGGCUGGUGUCGCCUACACACUAGGAUCAGCGACAUUUCUACCUCUCUUCCCAGCCGCAUCGAAUAUCUUCGGUCGACGUGGCGUCAGUCUGGCAGCGCUCCUUCUCUUCCUGGUCGGCACCAUAGUAUGCAGUACGGCGCAGAACAUCGCUGCAUUGCUGGCAGGACGAGUACUGCAAGGCAUCGGCGGUGGCGGCAUCAUCGGGAUGAUGUACGUGGUCAUCACAGAUCUCUUCGAGAAGAUACAUCAACCGAAAGCCCUUGCGGUCAACGGACUGAUAUGGUUGCUUGGCACGUCGUUGGGUCCGAUCAUGGGCGGCGGCUUUUCUGGAAAUAUUUCAUGGCGAUGGAUCUUCUGGAUAGCUUUACCGAUAAACGCAAUUGCUCUCGUGCUGGUCGGCGGCUUUCUCAAGAUCCCGAUGCCCAAUCUGGCUGAAAGUGCCACUCCAGUCAAGCGACUGAAUUGGACGCUCCUGAGUCGUGACGACUGCUUUUUGAUCCCCAUGACCUGGGGUGGUGUCAUGUACGCGUGGGACUCGUAUCACACUCUGGUGCCGCUGAUACUAGGAGCGGCUGGGUGUGUCGCGUGGCUGGUGUACGAGUUCGUGGUUCCAUCCAACCCCAUUCUGCCACUGGUAAUCCUGAAUGACCGCACCGUGGCGAUUUCGCUAUUCUCGGCCUUUGCUCUCGGACUCAUACAGUUCGGACUCAUCUUCUACCUGCCGCUGUACUAUCAAAUCGUGAAAGGUUACUCGUCACUCAUCUCUGGAGUCGCGCUGCUACCCGAGACCUUACUAGCUGGCCCGACCACCGUGUUGACUGGCAUGAUCAUGUCGAGGAUUGGCAAGUACAAGGCGAUCAUCAUUGUUGGCUGGAUCAUGACCGCGCUCGGAUGUGGGCUGUUGGUGCUCCUCGAUGAAGAUAUGUCUAUCGCCGCAUGGAUCUUCAUCAAUGUGCCAGCCGGCCUGGGCAUCGGUAUACUGUUUCCAUCCACACCCAUGGCAGCUCAAGCACCGGUCAAGGAGGAACACGGAGCCAUCGCGUCCGGUCUGGUGGCUUCCACACGAACAAUUGGACAGGCUAUUGGCAUAGCCGCCGGGAACGCCAUCGUUCAGAAUGGUCUCAGACGCGAGCUCAACAAGGCAAGCUCCGCGAUACUGCGUCAGGAUGCUGCAUUGAUCUCAGCAAACUCGGCAUCGCCGCAGCUCCUGUCUUUGAUCAUGAGAACAGGUCCGACUGAGAGAACGGAGUUGCUCGAUGCUUACGUCAAGUCGAUACAUGGUGUAUGGUGGCUGCUGUUCGCCAUGGCUUCCUUUUGUGGUAUUCUGACGCUGUUCAUCCGAGAUGUCGGCCUGGGAAAGACCAAGGCGGCUGUCGAGAAGCACAUUUCCAGCACAAGCUCAUUGCCUCUGUCCUGUGAUGAUGAAGAGCUUCGUGCCUCGUGGUGUGAAGGGCAGUCACCACAUUUAGAAUAUCAGUCAUGA